CCUCUGCGUCAGUCGUUCGCGUAGAGUCGGAUGGGUCGUUUCACGCUUCCUUGACGCGACAUAUUCGCGCGCUCGUGCCUCUCCUUUUUUGCCCUUAUUUCGUCCAUUAAUACUAUUUUCUCUUUCUCUCUUUCUCUCUUUCUUUCUCUCUCUCUCUCUCUCUCUCUCUCUCUCUCUCACUCUCUCUUUUUCUUUUUCCCUCUGUCUUACACAUUGGUCAUUUCAUUGGCUCCGUUAACCCUCCUUUUUUCGUGGUGACUAUACGUCAUCGAGAAAUAAGAAGAGGAAGAAGGUGUUUUCCAGGAGGAGGAGCGGCUCGGGGGCACCGCAGCGACCGUGCCUUUUCGAAUCUCGCUGCGGUGAUACCUCCCUCCUGGAUUUUCAUCGUGCUUAAUAAUGAGGGACAUGGCGGGCAAGAUCGCCGAGUUGAAGUUCGAGGCACCCCUUGCGCGCUUCGAGGAGGAGGAAACAGCCAGUUUAAAGAAUAUGAAUCUUUUGACGGAACAACUCUUGGAUACCAGUUUGGAUACGAAUUUCGGUGAAAAUUGCAAUGCAAACGAGGAACCGACCACCAAUCAUGACAACAGUACGGACAUCUUACAGGAAGGUACCUUUAGCCCUUUCAGCGGUAGUCUCGAAGACCUGGUUAACACGUUUGACGAGAAGAUAACUUCGUGCUUUCGCGACUAUGGCACCGAUGUUGAAUCAUUGGCACCAGUGCAAGUUAGAACGCAAGAGGAGAUUAUGAACGAGUGCCAGAUGUGGUGGACUAUUACCGGUACUUUUGGCAAUAUUUUACCAAUCGACUGGAGCAAAUCUUAUGCAAGAAAAAUGCACAUGCCAGCAUUGAAUCUUAACGAGGCACCGAUUUCAUUGGAAAGACCAGAAUUAGAAGAUUUAAGUAGCGAGGACGAAGCUGUAGCAACGGAUUUGGAUAUGCACGCAUUGAUAUUAUCUAGCAGCACCGAUACUCAUAGCCCAGAGGAACCCUUGAAAACAGCUGAAGAGGUACUUCGUGAGAUAGAUGACAUUAUGCAGGAGAGUCCGUCUAUGGAAAGAUCACCUGAUUCCGAUGGUUCCUUGCUUGACAGCGACGAGGCAUUGGAAAGGAGUAGAGAAGUUCUUGGCUCGCCAUUACAUGAGAAAAAAUUGAAACAAUUGACUUCGAAUCAACUUACCGAACUAUUCGGAGAAAUGGAAUCGCUUGUUGGAGCAUUGAGCGAGACUCUCGUAGCUGAACUUGCAUUAAGAGAUGAGCUGGAAUACGAAAAGGAAUUGAAGAAUCAAUUUAUCUCGCUUUUGUUGGCAGUACAAAAUCGACGAAGACAGCAUCACGUUACAAAGAAGAAAAACCAAAUGCAGAAUGGUACUAGUCCGUUACCGCAGCAUAGGUCAUUGCAAGAAUCGAAAUAUUUGACCACUGUUAUUCCAUAUCACACGGACAGCGGACCACCGAAUAAUCAGGCUCUGCAAGUCCUUAUUAAAAUAUUGAAAGCAAUUAGCGAAGAUAGCCCAACUGUACCAACUUUGCUAACAGAUUAUAUUCUCAAAGUUCUCUGUCCUACUUAGUGAGUGUGUACAGUCGAUUUUCUUCGGAGAUACUCAAAAGUCCAAAACAAUGAUUGCUCUCUUCUUCUUGCCAAUGCUCUGCAACCAUCAUCGUACCGCGUGCGUUGUAUUUGAAACAACCAUUCUUGCUUCUGAGUUGUACUUUAAUAUUACACUCGAUGUGUAUUGGCUGUAGGAUUAGAAGUGGUAACCUGAUAUUCUCAUCUAGUCUUAAUUUAUAUACAUAUAUAUACAUAUAUAUAUAUAUAUAUAUAUAUACAUAUAUAUAUACAUAUAUACAUAUACAUAUAUAUAUAUAUAUAUUUAUAUAUUUAUAUAUAAAGGGUAGAUCACGGGAAUGUUCGUGAUUUUGAAUGAUAUUAGGAACAUUGCUUGAGAUAACAGGAAUAUUUAUAUAUAUAUAUAUAUAUAUCUUAAAUAAAUCUAGAGAUUUUGAAGAAUUAUAGAACAUGAUAAUAUUUCAUUUAAAAUUUCUCUUAUGGGAGAGAGAACGUUCGUUGAAUGUUUACCAUUCUGUUGAAGACUUUCUAAUGUGUUCAGCGCGAUUGAACACAUUAGAAAUUGAUUGAUUACAAUAUACAACACUUUCUAACUGUUCCCUAUAGAAAAAUCUUUUUUCAGGUUGCAUUAUCUACGAAUUUAUCGAUCUUAUAUAUAUCACCAGAUUUUUGAAUUUGACAAAUCAAGAUUUUUUUAUGAGUACAUUUAAAGAAUGUUGUGUAUCGCAGUCGAUUAGCCAAUUUGAUUAAAUUAGAAAAUAAUGUUGCGUCAAGUCAUUAGCCAUUAUAUCGUCAUUGUGCAAUAUCUAAUGUGUUCACUCGCACUCAGAAGGAUCUCCAACAGAAUAGUAUACAUUUGAUGGGACGUUCCUUUUCGUAUAAAGCAUUUGAAAUUAACUAUUAUCCAUAUGUUAUAAUUCUCCAAAAUCUAUAGAUUUAUUUAAGCUAUAAUAAAUAUUCCUUCCAUGUAUAGCAGUGUAUUCAAUAUCAUUUAAAGUUCCCUAAUUCCCUUUUGACUCGACCUUUAUGUAUUUAUAUUUAUAUAUAUAAAUACAUAUAUAUAUAUAUAUAUAUAUAUAUAUAUAUAUAUGUGUGUGUGUGUACGUUUAAUCUGUAUAUUGUUUCUCAUAAGAUUUAUCACAAGUGUACAUGUUUUAUGGAACUACUGUGAUGCAUAUUUAUGCAUAAUACAAAAUAUAUUCAUUUAUAUAUAUUUAUAUAUAUAUGUGUAUAUAUAUAUAUAUAUAUAUAUAUAUAUAUAUAUAUAUAUACGACACCACAUGAGAUUUGUAUUGGUUCAGUUUUUGUAAUCUUUUGUAUAUAUAAAAAGAAAUGAAGACGAUACUAUAUCCGGAUCGGAAUUUAUGGCAGUAGUUAAAAAGAAUUAAAAAUAUAAAUUACUUACAAAUGCAAGCAAAAGCUACUUGUAGAAUUAGUUUCUACUCAAAAUUGCACAUACAUUUCUUAAGCCUAGUGUGUAAAUUGUUGUAACGCCAGUAUGUUUAGAAAUAAUCGAUCGAUUAAGAAUGUUACGCGCAAGAGAAAACGAAAUAAAUAAAUGAAUAAAUAAAAGAAAUCACAAUGCUAAUAAUA